AUGAAUUAUAUAUUAUUUUUUUUACUAUUGAGGUGUAUUAUUUCCUCCAGUCAAUCUGAUAUUGAGGAGGAUCUACGUAGAUCUAUAUCACGCACAAAUUAUGAAAUUAGAAGAUACAUGACCGACUGUUUUCACGACUGUGAUGAACAUAUAAGUGAACUCAAUGAUUAUAUACAAAAAAUAGAGGCUGCUAGGUUCAAAGAUAAUUCCGAGAAGCACUCUACAAAAUUCCAGAAUGACUACACUGACUUCCAAUCUGAAUUUAAACAAUUAAAAACUACAUAUGAAUCAUAUAGAAUGGAUGAAAGUGAUACUGAUUUCAAAAACAAAUUUACCAAAGCACUUAGCUCUUUUGAUAAAAUAUUCACAAAGGCUAGCUCCACAUUCUCAAAUUCAUUCAGGAAAGUAAACAACUCACUCACAAAGCUGGAUGAAACCAAAAUGACUUAUAUGGGCGCAGAAGUAUAUAAAAAGUCGGAAAAAUCGGUACUAGUGACAAAACACAGAAUACGUGGUAUUGAUGAAAUGGUUAAAUUAGUAGAACUUAGAGGAGAUGAGUGUGGUCCCUUAUCAAACAGGGAAGCAUUCCACAAAGAAGCUAUUGAUAAAUUAAAGGCUAACCUUGAAGAAAGUAUAAAUUUGUUAUAUGACUUCCCGUUAACUGUGGUUAAUGAGGAACAAUUAAGAAAGGUUGAUGAAAUUGAAGAAAGAAUAAAGGAGCUAUUCCAUAAUGGAAUUAAAAUAAUGGAAGAGUUUGACGAAAACUUAAGGAAAAUGUAUGAAUCUAAGGGAGUAAAGUACAAUAAGGAUUAUAAAAAAUUAAUCAAAUUCUUUGAAAAAAUCCCAUACAGAUUAUCAAGUUUCGUUACUCCAAACACUCUUGGAUCCAUGAUUAUAGUUUCUUUCUUGCUCAUGAACGUGUUUUAUCUAAAUUGA